AUGAAAUUGAGAAAAAGGCAUCGCCUUUCGCAACAUAAUCUCACGCUCGCUCUUAACGGGAAAGUUCAGCAACUGUGUGGAACUGGAGGGAAAAUCGCAAUUUGGGGGUUAGGGUUUAGCUAA